AUGGUUUUGCUGAGGAACAUAUGCGGUCUUGUUCGCCCAGCUACCGGCUGGGAUACACUUCCUCCUGCAGCAGACACAACCCUUGAGGCAGAUAUCGUUCGCAUCAAGUGCUACAGAAACACAGUGUAUGGUCAUGCCAGCGAGGCCUUCAUAGAUGACCCAACAUUCAAUCAAUACUGGCAGGACAUCCAAGAUGCAUUGGUGAGACUGGGAGGAGCUGGUUACCAAAGUGCUAUCCAUAAUCUGAAAGAGGAAUGCAUGGAUCCUGAUUUCGAAGAACACUAUAAAGAGCUUCUUAAGCAGUGCAUCGUGGAUGAAGUAAGCAUCAAAGAAACAAUGGAU